UCUAAAACUCCCUGACACCUUCCCUCAAUUUCCCCCCACCUACCAACUACCCCACGCCAUUAUUUAUUCCCUCUAUUCCGUCGCUUUUUAACUUUAUCCUUUAGUCAACUAAUUCAUCAUGCCCUCCCUUCCCGCGAACGUUGCUGUUUCCUCCCACCCUUGCUUUAUUUCGAAGCUCAGUCGUCUCCGUUCCGCCUCUACACCCCCGAAAGAGACUAAGGCGCUUGUUCACGAGCUGUCCCUGAUUCUUGCGACUGAAGCUCUUGCGCGCGCCCUUACAGCUGAGAAGACUGGUGAGAAGGAUGUUACCCCUCUCGGUGUUGCAUUCGAUGUUGAGAAGGUUACCAAGAGCAUCGCUCUCGUUCCUAUUCUUCGUAGUGGUCUCGGAAUGCUAGAAGCUUUUCAAACCCUUCUCCCGGAACCAACUCCCGUUCACCAUCUCGGCCUUUUUAGAGAGAAGGUCACUCUGCAGCCCGUGGAGUACUACAAUAAUUUGCCUACACGCGCCGAUUCGUCCAAGGACGAGAAGAGCACCCCUUGCGACAUUGCUAUUGUCCUCGAUCCGGUUAUUGCUACCGGUGGUACCGCCGAGGCGGCGAUCCAAACCUUGAGGGAAUGGGGCGUCCCUAAGAUCCUUGUUGUUAGCAUUCUCGGCAGCGUGGAGGGUGUUACCCGCGCCGCCACCGAAAACAACGGCGAAGGUCUCAAUGUGGUUGUUGGAGCUAUUGAUGCGGGGCUUGGGGGGGAUAACGGGGGAAUGAUUGUUCCUGGCGUUGGUGACAUUGGCGACCGCUUAUUCCUUACCAUUGGAAAAUAAUUGAUACCCUAAUUUAGCAGUUUUAGUUUGUCUUGCUCUUGUCGAAAUUAGGGUCUGAGACGUGAAGGUGAAAUUUUUUCUUGAAUUUUUCCUCUUGUUUAAUGUGAAGAUGUGACUAUGGCGAGGAGAGAGGGAAUCUUGGAGUACAGUACUGUACCGGUAUGAUGCGAUCAUACUCCGGUAGCAGAAGGCGACAUUUUUAAUAGAAAUCAUUUAUGAAAA